AUGGUGCAGAUGGUGCGGUCGGGGUCCGGGGGCCUCUUGCCGCAGCAAGCGGCGCCCGUGGCCUGCCCCGCGCCUCGUGGGCCGAUCGCCGGCGACGCCGAGCUGGAGGAUCACGAGCCCGACGCUCACGAGCCCGACGCUCACGGUCCCGACGCCCACGACUCUCAGCGCUCUGGCGGCACGGGCAUCGCGGAGCGGGGCCUGUCCGACCACCAGUUCGCCAUCUGGGACUCCCACGAGGCCAGCCUGUUCCGCGGCGGCGCGGCCUCCACGGCGCGCGCGCCGCCGCCCGCGAGGAUGGCAUCCUUCGGGGGGGAUGCCGCGGAGCCGGAGCAGGAGCCGGAGCAGCCUCUCCUGCAGCCCCUCCUGCUGAUGGAGACGAUGGAGAGCCGAGGCCCUCCAUGA